AUGGUAAAAGCAAAGAAAACAAAGAAGCCAACAUCAGCCUUCAAUACUCAAGCUUUACCCUUCAAUACCGACAAAGGGCAGCAUAUAUUGAAAAAUCCCGGAAUUGUGAACUCUAUCAUUGAAAAGUCGGCGCUGAAAUCCACCGACACCGUGCUUGAAGUAGGCCCCGGAACUGGUAAUCUUACCGUGAAGAUGCUUGAAUGUGCCAAAAAAGUUGUCGCUUGUGAAAUCGACCCACGAAUGAUCGCCGAGUUGAAGAAGCGUGUCAUGGCAACUCCACUGCAAAAUAAAUUGGAAGUUCGUGCUGGAGAUGUUAUGAAGAACGAAUGGCCAUUUUUUGAUGUUUGCGUAGCUAAUCUACCGUAUCAAAUCUCAUCUCCAUUUGUUUUCAAAUUGCUGCUGCAAAGACCGCUUCCCAGAUAUGCUGUAUUGAUGUUCCAAAAAGAGUUCGCAGACCGAUUAGUGGCAAAGCCUGGCGACAAAGACUACUGUAGAUUAUCUGUCAACGUGCAGCUUCUCGCCAAGGUCGAACAUCUCAUGAAAAUCAAAAGGACAGAGUUUCGCCCUCCACCGAAAGUUGAUUCUGCAGUCGUACGGAUUGCUCCCAAAAACCCACCACCACCGAUCAAUUUCGAUGAAUGGGAAGGAAUGUUGCGAUUGUGUUUCUUGAGGAAAAACAAGACGUUACUUUCUAUAUUCAAGCAAAACAAUGUAGCUGAACUAAUUGAGAAGAAUUAUCAAAAACUGUGCAGUUUGCUGAAUAAGCCAGUUCCAAAAGAUCUCGAUAUGAAGAAAAUGAUAGAAAGCACAUUGACGGAAGCCGGUUUUGCUGACAAGCGGGCACGAAAAAUGAGCAUUGAACAAUUUUUAGCUCUUCUUCUUGCUUUCAACAAAGCUGGGAUUCAUUUUCAUUCGUAG